AUGGAUCCAACAAAUAAUUCAAUGAAGGUGUUUGAUGAAGAAUUUAAUAAGUUGAUAGGUGAUUGUGGUAUUGAUUGGAUUCAAGAGGAGUUUUCUUGUCUUGAAGAUACAAUUACAGAGGAAAUACCAGUAGUGGGCCCUAUAUCUAUGUGUGAUGAUAAUUUUAGUGAGCUAUCCUUUGAUAAUACUGAAAGGGAUCUUUGUAAAGACUCAUAUGAGAUCACAGGUGAUUUGGAAGAUAGUAAUGAUAUCGAUAAAUCAUUUAAGAUGGAUACUAGCUUGUUGAAUGACAAUUGUGCAGAUAUCACUAUAGAUACUUUAAAUAUUACGACAGAGAGUUUAUCAGAAGAUAAAAAUGAGCAAAAAGAAGAUGCUAUGCAAAAACCAACAUCAGCACUCAGUAUCCAAUCACAAAAUUGCUUUAUUAAUGAGAUGGUUUCAAGUAAUAUUUCGCACAGUGAUGCAUUCUUUAUUUUUAAUGUUUUAGUUUAG